UAAUGGUCAUUUCAAUGGGAGACUUGCUGGCAGAGGUCUCCCCUCUCUCUCUUUCUUUCCGAAAAGCUCUAUCUUUUUUCUUGUUUCUUUUGUAACAACAGAAUUUGGAAGUAACACAGGAUAGGAGGUUGAAGAGACCCAACCCAAGAUAUGUAAUAAAAACCACUACUUGGGCUGCUUGAUACUUUGAUUUGGUUACCUUUGCCGAUUGUUAUAAUAGUUAGCAACAUGAAGGACGGGUGUGGCUUAACUUCAGACAUAAUCAGUCAUCUUCCAGACAAUGUAAAAGAAACAAUCUUAAUGUGUUUGCCAAUACAGGAUGCGGUGAGGACUAGUGUUUUGUCAAGGAAAUGGAGGUAUAUCUGGGUGAAACUUCCCCAACUUGUAUUUGAUUAUACAUUCUACAAAAAUUCAUUUUGGAAAACCAAGAAUGAGCUUGUGAUGAUUAUUUAUCAAGUUCUGUUACUUCACCAUGGACCGAUACUCAAGUUCACCCUCUCUUUACCUAAACUGGAAAGCUGUUCUGAGAUCGACCAGUUGAUAUAUUUUGCAUCAAAGAAUGGUACCCAGGAAUUCACCCUUCGCAUUUGGACGGGUACUUAUAAAUUGCCAUCAUCACUGUUUUCAUGUCUACAACUUAAGCAUUUGAAUCUCCAUUCUUGCAUGUUUAAGCCUCCACCUGAAUUUAAGGGAUUUAGCAGGCUUCUUAGCCUGGAGCUUCGUGAAGUCGUCAUUACUGCUGACAUAUUGUCAAGUUUAAUCUCCAGUUGCCUACUACUUGAACGUCUGACUGUUGAAAGCUCCACCAGUUUUGAACCCCUUGAAAUUGCUGCUCCUAACCUUAGAUUCUUACGCUGUAAAGGCCUUUUCAGUUCCAUUUGUUUCAAAAAUACUCCUCAACUUGCCAGAGUUUCAAUUUAUUUGAACAAGGAAGUAUUAAUGGAAGGAGAAUCAUCUAACUCGGUCAUGUUUUUUGGUAGUCUACCUGUUGUUGAGUUUCUGGAAUUGAACGGUUAUUAUGUCAUGGGCAUGGCUGCAGGCAAAGUACCAAAGACGCUUCCAACUACUUUGAGCCACCUGAAAAUUCUAGAGUUGAAUGAUAUUUGUUUUGGGGAACCUAAUGAGGUCUCUAUUGUUCUUUGCUUAAUCAGAAGCUCCCCAAAUUUGGCAAAAAUUAAAAUUGAGGCAUGUACCCGUGAAACUACUGCUAUUGAUCCUGUUCUAGAACUUUUAGUACUUUUAGAAAUGCAAGAUGGGUGGGGUGUCUAUUUAAAUCAACUUCGAGAAGUGGAGAUGCGAAAUCUAUCUGGCAUAAGGUCUGAAUUGGACCUUAUUAAGCUUCUAUUAGCCAAAUCUCCCAUGCUGGAGAGAAUGCUUAUUGAGCCUAACUCAGAGGUGGUUCUUGACAAAGGAUUGAGGAUUUUGAAAAAGUUGACACGAUUUCAGCGGUUAUCACCUCAAGCACAAAUCACAUACUAUGAUCCAGAUGAAGACUCUGAAGAUGAAGUUUAGCUGGUGGUUUGUGUCUUUUGAUGAGCUUUCAUUUGAGUGAGAUGAUAUUUUUGGUUUUGGUUGUCUGCUAGCUCUAAGUUAAAGCUACAACUUCUAUGUGUGAAAGUGGAACAUCUACAGACAUACAAUGCUCUUUCUUUUGGAAAAAUGAAGUUUAAUCAACAUGUAAAAUUUUUGAAAUUUGGUUGAUAUGUAUUUGGUAAGAGAUGGUCACAAUGAUGUUGUUUGUGACUCUCAAUAAGUGCCUCCUUUAACAAUGGAACUUGGCAGUGAGUAAUUGUGUGUAGCAGAGAUAAUCAUGAGAAACAAAAGAACUAAGUACAAAAUUCCAGA